AGUAAAAAUACAGUGUCACUGCUGUAGGGAGACCCUCAGAUUCUACCCUAGGAGACUUCACGAGAAUGAACCACUUGAGAGAGGCCCUACAAAAACAAAUUAGAGGGAAGACAGAGGGGCCCACGGGAGAUGGUCUCUCUUCUCAAGUGGGAACACCCAGCCUCAGACAGACACAGCAGGAAGGGGCCUGAGAGGCUGACAGAAGGAGGAUGGGGCCAAGGCAGGGACGGAGGGGAGGGACCAGUCCAGGCUACACCAGUGGGAGUGGCUCCACUCUUCCCACCUCAGAGCCAUGGGGAGCCAGGGCCCUGGCAGGCUGCCCUUGGUGCAGGCUCCCUACACAGUCCUGCUGCUGCCACUAGGGACAAGCCGCCAAGACCCAGGGGCCCAGAGCUUCUUUCUUUGGCUGCAGAGGAUGCAGGCUCUGGAGAGAGAACAGGAUGCCCUGUGGCAGGGGCUGGAGCUGCUAGAACAUGGCCAGACCUGGUUUGAAGACCGUCUGAGGGAGGCACAUCGACAGCAGCUGCAUCUGGGAGCCCUCGGUGAGAAUUUUCUAACAGAUUUAUACCCAGAGCCUCGUGGCCCCCAGUUAGCCCAGAUUCAAAAGGUGAACGUCUGUUUGCAGAAUCUGAUUCAGGAGAAGUUCUCCCCAAGUACACGAAACACGCCUAGUUCGUGCACCACCCAGGAUUCAAAGGAAAGACCAAGGAAGCCAAACUUGUGGCAGCAACAGGUAAACUUCAAGGGAGAGGGCAGGAGCCGCACCCUACAGGGCAGGGAGGAGCCCAGAGGCCCCGUCUGUUUCUCCUCUCCUCCAGGGGUCAUCAAGGCAGAAGGGAGUCACCCAGCCAAAUGAGGAGAAGGCUCAGUGGGGCUGCCCGAAGGCGCCAAGAGGCCCUACCCGUGUCUAAACCUUCCUCUCACUUUCCUAAGUCUGGUGAAAGAGUCAGAAGCCCCAGGCUCCUUAUUCUGCUUCUUAACAGCUAAAAAAUGGCUCCAGGUAGUAAGUCAAUAAAGUUCAGACAUCUUGGUGUAAAGUGUCUCCUCUACUCCUGAAAACUUUCUUUCAUCUUCUUGGUGUCACAUGUCCUCAUUCUCCCCUAUAUGAAAUGCAAAAAUGGUCUUUCUUUGAAAUCCCUCUGGGGAGAAGAUAUGUUUAUUGAAACUGUCCUUCAGCCUUAAAUACAAAAAUAAAACCAAAGCUGCUCCAGAAAGCAACUUUCUCCAAAAA